UUGAAGGGCCCUCAGGAGGCCUGGGGGCAAAUGGCCGGAGCCGGACCAACCAUGCUGCUGCGCGAGGAGAACGGUUGUUGCAGCCGGCGUCAAAGCAGCUCCAGCGCCGGGGACUCAGACGCGGAGCGCGAGGACUCGCCGGCUGCGCGGGCCCGGCAGCAGCUGGAGGCGCUGCUCAACAAGACUAUGCGCAUUCGCAUGACAGAUGGACGGACCCUGGUCGGCUGCUUCUUGUGCACCGACCGCGACUGCAAUGUCAUCCUGGGCUCGGCGCAGGAGUUCCUCAAACCGUCGGAUUCCUUCUCUGCGGGAGAACCCCGUGUGCUGGGCCUGGCCAUGGUACCCGGCCACCACAUCGUUUCUAUUGAGGUGCAAAGAGAGAGCCUGGCAGGGCCUCCCUAUCUCUGACCACGAUCGCGCAGGCUUUUCAGACCAUUAAACCUGUAAACGAA